AUGUCCAAAUCAAAAAAUAAUUCAAAGGAUAAAAUAAUUGAAGAUAGUGAUGAUGAAUUUCCAUUAAAUGAAUUGAUACCAGAAGAUCAAAGGAAACAUGUGAUAAAAUCAUUACCAGAAAAAGACAAACAUGAUGAAUUAUUUAAAAUGCAUAGUGUUGAAUGUGAUGAUCUUCCAGAAUUAGUAACUAAAAAUGAUUAA